AUGCGGAACUGCGUCUUAUUUGGAUUAUAUGCGCUGCUAAUCGUCGCCUGCCACUUGGACGCAACAGUUGGCCAGCCCCUCAAGGAGGAGGAUGCGGCCAGACCGGAGGCACAGCCAGGGGCAGCAGGCGGAGCACGCGUUGCCAGACAAAUCGGCUUUGGAGGCUAUCCGUCGUACUAUGGCAGCGGGUAUGGAGCCUAUGGCGGUGCAUUGGGUGGUAUUGGCGGCUAUGGGGGUGCCAUUGGCGGACUUGGAGGCAUAGGAUAUGGCGGCUACGGUGGAUAUGGUGGUUAUGGAGGAUAUGGUGCUGGCAUACGUAAUCCUUAUUAUCCUUACGGCAGUACGUACGGCGGUGGCCUACUGGGCAGCGGAUAUUAUGGUCGUCCUUAUGGUUAUGGUUAUAGUUAUGGAUAUCCGUUCUCCGGCAGUUUCGGCAUCUCCCCGCUAUCCCCAUUCAUGUGA